AUGGCCAAAAGACAAAAGCCACAAAUCGUAGAAACGAUAUUGCAAUACGAUGAGAAGUUGACCAAGAAAUUUGUCGGCUUUUUGCUUAGUCAAACGACUCUGAAAUCGUUGAAGACACACUGUAAGGCCCUAGAGAUCUCCUGCAAUGGCAUUGUCUGGUUGGCAUCUUGGAUUGGUCUUAUUUGGCUGCUAAGUGACAAGGAUCUCUAUGAAUCUCAAUUGAAUAUGCUUGUGGGCCUGAUUUUCGAUAUCGUAGUGAUCGCUGUAAUGAAGGCAGCAUUCAGACGUAGACGACCAACGGCCUGCAAUGACAUGAUGCAACUUGGACCUGAUAAAUUUAGCUUUCCGUCUGGUCAUGCCUCGAGAGCAGUUUUCGUUGCUUUAUUCUUUAUAUUGUUAAGUCCCAUUUCAGUGAUUUGGUGGAUGCCACUUAUGGCUUGGUGCUGUGCUGUCUGUUUGUCCCGUAUCAUAAUUCAACGUCAUUAUAUUCUUGAUGUUGUGGCCGGUAUGUUUGUUGGCUUAUUAGAGAUCGGUGUUAUGUGUAUUAUUUGGAUUGGAAAGGACACAGCUCAAAGUAUAAUUGCUUCAAUGUCAAGUGACCAUUUGCCAGGUGGAGAAGAUGAAUAACCAUAUAUGU